ACAUCCAGGAGAACACGUAACUGCGCGGUGAUUGGUGUGUCACGUUAGCCCCAACUGUGCCGGCGGCACAACGAUUCACGCCGUAUAUAAUUCCGGCGAUUCAGCACCCAAACCGGUGUCCGAGAUUACUUCAUUCUCGAUCGCCUGAUCCGAAGAUGGAGAACGCCGGAGGGAACCCUCAGAAUAUCACUGUUCCCCCAGUUGAAGGUGUUGCUGGAGGAGGGACUGGUUAUGGUUGGAAUGAUGGUGUUUUGCAAGACUCGGUUUCAUUCGUUGGAGACGUUGAUCCUAGAAAGGUUCCAACAGCAGAUUUGUUACAUGUGUGGUGCAUGCCAAGCACAGCAAAUGUUGGACAUCAAGAAGUGCCUCGGCCAUUAGAGAAUAUAUCUCUGUUGGCUGCAAGAAAUGAGAGGGAAAGUGUGCAAAUUGCUUUACGUCCUAAAGUUUCUUGGGGUAGUUCGGGCAUUGCAGGGACAGCGCAGAUCCAUUGUACAGAUCUCUGCUCCUCAUCUGGCGAUAGGCUGAUUGCUGGACAGGCCUUAACUUUGCGACGAGUGAUUCCUAUCUUAGGUGUGCCUGAUGCUCUUGUACCUCUUGAUCUACCAGUCAAUCAAAUAAAUCUUCUUCCUGGAGAAACAACGUCAAUAUGGGUAUCUGUUGAUAUCCCAGCUGAACAACCGCCUGGUCAAUAUGAGGGAGAGUUUCUCAUAACUGCUGCCAAUACAAAUACAGACGGGACUUCAGCAAAUUCUCUUGGCAAUGUUGAGAAAUAUCAAUUGUAUAGAGAGCUUAAGAACUGCCUUGAUAUUGUUGAACCCGCAGAUGGAAAGGAGUUGGAGGACGUGGUAGAAAGAGUGAAAUCUGCAGCAUCAGCUUUGAAGAGAGUUCUUUUAUUCCCAACAUUCCAGGAGUAUGUUCAAGAUAAAGACACAGGAGAUAUGAUGGAUGAAGAUACUUUAACCAACGUCUCUAUCCAUGUGAAAAUAAGUGUUACAGUAUGGGAUUUCACUCUUCCAUUGACACCUUCCCUUCCAGCUGUAUUUGGUAUAUCCGAAACUGUGAUUGAGGAUCGUUUUGGUGUGGCACAUGGAAGUGAUGCCUGGUAUGAUGCAUUAGACCGUCACUUCAAGUGGCUUCUCCAAUAUAGAAUCAGUCCAUAUUUCUGUAGGUGGGGUGAAAACAUGCGGAUUUUAGCAUAUACUUGUCCCUGGCCAGCGGACCAUCCUAGAUCAAACGACUAUUAUUCAAAUCCGAGAUUGGCAGCAUAUGCUGUGCCUUAUACUCCCAUUCUUUCUGGUGACAGAGCAAAAGAGUCCUUGCGGAAGGAAGUGGAGAUCUUGAAGACUAAGGCUCAUUGGCGAAAGGCCUACUUCUACUUGUGGGAUGAGCCAUUAAACCUAGAACAGUACGGCAAGAUUUGCAGCAUGUCUGGAGAGAUAAAGGCAUAUGCCCCUGAUGCACGCGUCUUAACCACUUAUUACUGUGGUCCAAGUGAUGCACAGCUUGCACCUGGUACAUUUGAGGCCUUUGUUAAAGUUCCAAAUCUCUUAAGGCCACAUACUCAAAUCUUCUGUACAAGUGAGUGGGUUCUUGGCACUCGGGAGGAUUUAGUGAAGGAUAUUACUGAUGAAUUGCAAUCAGAGAAUGGUGAGGAAUGGUGGACCUAUGUGUGCAUGGGACCUUCUGAUCCGCAUCCAAACUGGCAUCUUGGGAUGCGUGGUACACAGCACCGUGCAGUGAUGUGGAGAGUCUGGAAAGAAGGUGGAACAGGGUUUCUCUAUUGGGGCACUAAUUGUUAUGAGAAAUCCAUGGCUGCUAGUUCCGAGAUAAAAUUUCGUCGUGGCCUUCCCCCUGGUGAUGGAGUUUUAUUCUAUCCUGGUGAAGUUUUUUCUUCUUCACAUGAACCAGUUGCAUCAGCCCGUUUGGAGCGCAUUCUCAGUGGCAUGCAGGAUAUUGAGUACUUGAAACUCUAUUCAUCAAGAUUCAGCAGGGAGGAGGGUCUUGCUCUCCUCGAGAAGACAGGAGUCUAUCUAGGGCCUGAGAGGUACACCCUUGAUCACAUGCCUAUUGAUGUCAUGCGAGCUGAAGUUUAUCGUACAUGCCAGCCUUGAAUAGAUUUUCUAUUUUUCCCACAUUGUAUUAUCAAUGUAGCGUUUUAUGUAGUUCUGGAAUCCUUCUCAAUUUCAGCAGUAGUGUGUUAGAAAAAUAACUUCCCAUAUAUAUGUGAAUUUGAAUGCCUAUAUGGUGCUUGGGGGACUUGUUUUUGUUUUUCUGCUCAAGAUGAUCUCUACUUCAUGAGCAAUUCCUCAAUGUGGAUAGUUGUACUGUAAAUAGUGAAGAAAGACUUGGGGGUGUUUGGCAAUUUGAAAGUGGAUUUAAAAUAUGCAAGUUAUUUUUUUU